CAUGAGGGGCACGUGACAGAGGAGGGGUCUGUUUUGACCACGCCCUCUUUAGGGCAGGGCCACGCCCCAUCGUGCUGACCUCCAUCCCACCCCUUCCCGGGCUGAGGGAAGAGUGACAGACUUCCCCAGCAGGUGCAAGCCCAGGGUGGGCAGCAUGGCCCUGAGUCUAGGGAAGCGUAGGAGGGGAACUUCCUCCCCUCUGCCCGGGAAAGUACCAUCCCUAGCAGUUGCCAUGGCAACAAGGAGGAGGUGAUGGGCAGGCUAGUACCCAGAGGUGACAGCUGACCUCCUCUCCAAGACAGGACCCCCUUGGCUUGACCCCUUCGCUGCCAUGGCCCUGCCGAGAGGCCCCCCGGGGCUGCUGCUGAUCUUGACUCUGCACUCAGCCCUGAGCCUGAGCCCCCCGCCCCAUAUCCCCUUCUUCCCCCACUGGGACUACUGCAUCGUGGGCGCCGGCCCCGCGGGCCUGCAGAUGGCCUACUUUCUGGGCCAGGCGGGCAGGGACUACGUGGUGUUCGAGCGGGCGGGGGCGCCGGGCAGCUUCUUCGUCCGCUACCCCCGCCACCGCAAGCUCAUCAGCAUCAACAAGCGCUACACGGGCAAGGUGAACGGCGAGUUCAACCUGCGCCACGACUGGAACUCGCUGCUGAGCCACGACCCGCGCCGCCUCUUCAGGCACUACUCCAAGGAGUACUUCCCCCGGGCCGAGGACAUGCUGCGCUACCUGGGGGACUUUGCGGGCGGCCUCGACCUGCAGGUGCGCUACCACACGGCCAUCGUCCGGGUCUCACUCAGCAAGAGCCCGCGGGCCUGGAACGGCCACUUCUUCCUCCUCACGGACCACAGGGGCCAGAGCUACCAGUGCAGUGUGCUCUUGGUGGCUACUGGUGUGUCGAUCCCCAAUGAGAUCGACUUCCCAGGAUCAGAAUAUGUGGAGGGCUAUGAGACAGUGUCUAUUGACCCAGAGGACUUUGUGGGCCAAAAUGUACUGAUCCUGGGCCGUGGGAACUCAGCCUUUGAGACAGCUGAAAACAUCCUCGGUUAUACCAACUUCAUCCACAUGGUGGGCCGUUCUCGAAUCCGCCUCUCCUGGGCCACGCACUACGUUGGGGACCUGAGAGCGGUCAACAAUGGCCUCCUGGACACUUACCAGCUGAAGUCAUUGGACGGACUGCUGGAAACAGACUUGAAGGACCUGGCCAUCGUGAAGGAUCGUAAGGGCAGACUGCACAUCACCCUGCAGGUCUUCCUGGACAAAGCCAGCCAGAACAUCAGCGCCGAGACCGUCUCCCUGCCCCAGGAUGAGGUGGACAACUUUGCGAUGCGCGUGCCCUACGACCGCGUGAUCCGCUGCCUGGGUUUCACCUUCGACUUCUCGAUCUUCAGCAGCACUCUUGGGCUGGAACCGGGGAAAGGGCAAAAGAAAAAGUAUCCACUGAUUAAAGGCAGCUACGAGUCCAAGAAAACGCGCGGGCUCUUUGUCCUGGGCACCGCCAGCCACUCCGUGGACUACAGGAAAUCCGCCGGAGGUUUCAUCCACGGAUUCCGAUACACAGCACGAGCAGUUCACCGGCUACUGGAACACCGCCAUCACGGCAUCCCCUGGCCUUCUCCUGUGUAUCCCAUCACCCAGCUCACCAACGCCAUUAUCCGCCGGGUGAACGAGGCCUCGGGCCUGUACCAGAUGUUCGGUGUGCUGGCGGACGUCAUCCUUCUGAAGGAGAAGGCCACAGGCUUCGAGUACCUGGAGGAGUUCCCCAUCCGCAUGCUGGCAGAGCUGGAGACCCUCACGGGCCGGGAAGCCCAGCACGGCCUCUUCGUCGUCACCAUGGAGUACGGCAAGAAUUUCUCGGGGCCAGACAAAGACGUCUUCUAUUACGACCGCGCCGUGGGAGACGUGCAGGACGCCUGGCAGUCCAACUUCCUUCAUCCGGUCAUCUACUACUAUCACUGCCUCCCCACCGAGAAGGAGAUGGCUUCCCGGUCCCCGGGCUGGCCCCUGCCUCGCCCUGUCGCCAUCCACCACAUCGUGGAGGAUUUCCUCACGGACUGGACGGCGCCCAUCGCCCACAUCCUCCCCCUGAGGCGCUUCUUGGAGAACUGCUUGAACAGUGACCUUCGAAGCUUCUAUGCAGAGUCCUGCUUCCUGUUUGCCCUAACACGCCAGAAGCUGCCCCCCUUCUGCCAGCAUGGCUACAUGAACAUGCAAGGGCUCCUGGGGAACGAGAGGCUCCGGCGCCACGCCGUCGAAAGCGGUCUCAUGGAGGACUUCUCGGCUAUGGACGAACAGCCAUCGGACUGGAAGCCGGGAGACCCCGGCGCUCCGGAUCACCCACCCCAGCACACCGCCAGCAUUAGGGAGGAGCUCUGACCCGUGAGAGACUCAGGCCCGAACACCGGCCCAGGUCCUCCCGCUGACCUUCAACUGCCAAAGACCCACUCUGACCAUUGUUAGCGAUAGGAGUGGGGGGGGGGGGAGAGUGCCGGGAUGAAGUGCCCUCUGCGCAGAUCCAGGUGCCCGAGCCCCCGGUCCUCCCCAGGGUGGGAGCCGCUGCCUUCAGUCCAAUGAUCACUGAAUGCCCGUGGGGCCUCAAGGGGACCCCUUUGACCCAGCUGUUCCCUCUCCUUUGAGGAAGGGGGGGUUGUUGCUCUGAGGAUCUACCUCACAGUUGACGGCUGUCCUCCCAGGAGCACCCUUCCCCUGUGUUCCACCAAUCAGGCAUUGGGUCUCAGAGCCCAGGGUGCCCCAGGGGCUUGGAGGGUACACCCCACAGGUCAGCUCGUCCUCCCCUCUGAUUCCCCACGAGGUAUCUCUCUGCCCCCUGGUCUGCAUCCGGCCCAGUGUUUGUCCCACUUCGUGCCCACACCUUUCCAGGGAACCCUGCCUGCGCCACACCGAGGUGUUUACUGCCUCUACCCCCUUGGCAUCCGGUACGACAACCCACCCUCUCCUAUGGAUAGACUCUGAUCAUGCUGUCUCUUCUCCACAAAAUAACAUGUAAUUAGUUCCUUG